AUGACUGAGAGCGAUGGCGGUGCGACGGCGGCGACUACUGUGGUUCAGCCUGUUGCCACCGGAGGAGGGCCGCCUGUUCGAAUUGUUGAUCCUGUUGACAAAUACACUGCACUUUUGGUUAGGGUGGGUUUGGUUCCUUUCUUUUUCAUGAGUGACAGUAUUCGUCUCUGUUGCAGUGUUGUUCAGAGUACGAUAGUCGGCAUGGGAUUAAUUGGUGGUGGCUUAUUUCUGCGAAAUUCUCGACUUUUUGCGAGAUUUGAGCAUGUGGCUCAGAUACCAAAGGAAUUCAUUCGAAAGGAGCUUGAGUUGAAAGGAACAGUUCGUGAGAUAACGCCGUCUGGAGAGCUACGUGUUGAACAUGUGCCGGUGGUGAAACUACCUCCUAUUUUCUCUCCAAAGAAACAAAUGAAGGGCUUACUAAACCUCCGUCUUGCUGGUGUCUAUAUGUCUCAAGCUGGUCAAGAGUUUAUUGCAAAAGACUUGCGUCUGAUAAACAAGCCCAUCAUUUUCACUGUUAUAAAGCCUAGCGAUGAUUCAGUGGAUACAGUGGAUGCUGAUGUAACCGUGAAAAAGAGUACAUUUAACCGAUUGAAUUUGAACGUCGAAGUGGUGCGUCGUGGCUAUGCUCGCGUCCUACCACCUGAAUCCACGCGUCAUCUCAAGGCUUUGCAGACGAUCCCAGCAUAUUCCAGACUGGUCAGUCGACUGCUGAUGAGUGAGAAAAUAGCUGAUCGACGCGGUAUUGGUUUAUGGGAACGUGAUUCAUGGUUGGAAUCGGUCCGAUCAUAUCCAUCACAGUUGCGUCAGAUUGUUCUUGGUGCUCCGAUUACCAAGUUUUUGAUUCUGGUGUUCACGGUGUCGAAGGAUGUGCUUCUGUUUGGUGUUAAACUGACACAACAGACCUACGCUCUGUUACUAGUCGCUUGCGCUCACAUUGCUAACGGGUACAAUCGCUUUGCAUCCGGCGUGGAUCGUCUCACCGACAAGUACAACAAAGCACGACAGCGAUUUAAGUAG